AUGAGUAAACUUCUUGCACCAACACAACAAGGCCAUGAAACCAUGGAAAAGUUGAACAAAGGAAGCUACGAGUGUGUUGUCUGUAUGGCUCCCAUUCGACGUUUCAACAAGAUUUGGUACUGCCAAAAAUGCUUCACUGCUAUUCAUAGCACUUGUAUGGCAGCUUACGCAGCUGGGAAGCCGACUUGGCUCUGCCCAGUUUGCAGAACAGAGUAUGACAAACCGCCCAAAGCAACUUGUUUCUGUGGAAAACACGUUGACGGGAGUAAAUAUGAAGCGGCGCAUUGUUGUGGUGAAAUAUGUGGGAAACUGCGAGUAGGGACUUCAUGUCCACAUCCAUGUACCCACAAGUGUCAUGCUGGUCCAUGUGGUCCGUGCACUGCUGGAGGGAAAACAGUGAAGUGUUAUUGUGGGAGAAAAGACGUUCAUUUAGGCUGUGGAGAAGAAGAAGAGGGGCGGUCGUGUGGACAGAUGUGUCUGAAACCGAUGAAGUGUGGACAUGCGUGCAUAACUAUAUGUCACAAGGGGGAGUGUCCAAAGUGUGCGGUUCAAGUUGAGAGGUCGUGUUACUGUGGUGCGGAGAAGUCCAAAUUUUCAUGUGGGGAUGUUCCACCUGAAUCUGCUGGUGGCGUAUAUUCAUGCAAACAUGUUUGUGGGAAGGUAUUGAGUUGUGGUAAACAUCACUGCACUAAAAUGUGCCAUGAAGGGCCAUGCGAAGAGUGCCCAACACCACUUACAAUUCAAGUGUGUGCCUGUGGCCGUACCAAAUUUGAUAGAAAGGAGUGUACAGAUCCGAUAGACACAUGUGAGCACAUUUGUGGGAAGACAAUGAAAUGUGGACAUGUCUGUCAACAUAAAUGUCACUUUGGACCCUGUGUCUGUGAUGUCAAAAUGACGAAGAGAUGUCGAUGUGGAUGUCAAGAAGUAGAAGUGAAGUGUGGUGAUGCAAGUGAAGUAUUGUGUGAUACUAUCUGUGGUGACUUAUUGAGUUGUGGAAUUCAUAAAUGUGACAGAAAAUGUUGUUUGGCACAUGGUAAAGGGAACAGUGACUUACAUAAAUGCUUCAAUUACUGCGGAAAAGAACUUCCGUGUGGACAUAAGUGCACACAGAUUUGCCAUGGCAACAAGAAAUGCCCUCCAUGCACUCACAUGUUACUCACUCCAUUAACAUGUAGGUGUGGAAAGACACAAAUCCAACCACCAGUCCCUUGUGGUACUGCGCCACCUCAAUGCAAUCGUCCAUGCCAAAUCAAACCGGCAUGCGGCCAUGUGUUGCCCGCACACAACUGUCACUUUGGCCCAUGUCCACGUUGUGUUGAAAUUGUCGAGAAACCCUGUUUCUGUGGAAAGGGUUCAGUGAAAAUACCAUGCUACAUCGAGAGUGGGUCUUGUGGGAAUGUCUGUGGUAAGCCGAUUGGAUGUGGACAACACAAAUGUCAGAGAGUCUGCCAUGAAGGACCGUGCACGCCAGAUGGGAAGUGUCCCUACCUCUGUGGAAAGAAGAAAGGGUAUUGCACCCACUUCUGUAAUGCGAAGUGUCACGGAGAUAGUAAAUGUCCCCAUGAUCCAUGUGACCAAAUAGUCGAGUGUGUAUGUCGAUGUGGACAUCGAAAGGUGCAGGUAGUGUGUGGAGCGACACCGGAGAAGCCUUGGGAGAAAAAGACGAUUGACUGCAACUUGGAUUGUUUGAAGGAACAUGUGAGACAAGAGAAGGUAGGUGUCAACACGAAGAGAGUCGAGUACCCGAUGUGGUUCUUGUGUUUGUAUGAUGCAGCGGGAAAGGCAGCAAAGACACUUGAGACGAAUAUGAUAGACUUCAUUAACAACACUGAUUUGAAAACACAGACGAUGAAUAACAUGAAUCAACUCAUGAUGUUGGUUUUCUCCUAUUUGUGCUCAUACUACCAACUUAACAUUGUCCCCGUGCAAGUGAAGAAAGCAAUGCGAUAUGCUAUGGAGAAACAAGCGUUAAAUGCAGUCCUUUGCUCACCACCUGCUUUUGAAGAAGUUAAUAAGAAAAGAAACGACUUCCAUCCCAAAGGGUAUGAUAUGGUGAUCAACGUUAUUGUGUAUGAUACUGACUAUGAAGAUCAGACGAUGAUGAUCCACAUCACUUCGAUCACUGAAAAUGCAUAUGAUAAGGUUCAACGAUUAUUAAAGAAGAUUCAGUACAAUUGCCGAAUUGAAAAUGUUAACAAGAACAAUGCGAUCCUGUUCUUUAAGGAAAUGCAGACGCUCGAAUUUGUACUGAAAAGCUUGAAGAACAUGAAAGGAUUUGUUGUGCGAGACGAUUUGAUUGUCGAAACUAAAGAAGUUAUUGUGUUGAAAAACAAAGACAAUUCGUGGACUGAUGUGGCUCUCCGUAUCAUCUAUGGAAUGAUCAACGAUGCACUUGAAGGAAAUACGGAGAAUGUUAGAAAGGUCAUGAUGCACAUCCCCGCGUAUUCUAAAGACGUGCUGACGAAUUAUACAACAGUGUAUAAGAGCUUGAUUUCACAGAGUCAACCCGUCUUGGCACUUGACGUUGCGAUACCGAAGCAUUUCUAUUUGAACGAAAUCUACGUCUCAUUCAGCUUGACCAAAACUAUCAUCAACCAAAAUGUUGGACUCCACAAAAACGUAUUGACCUUUGAUAUUGUGCUGUACAUUGGCGUCUCUGAGGAGAAGCGAGUCAAAGUGAAUUGGAAAAAGCAGGUCUUUGAAGAAGGAAAGAAAUUCGUGUUUGAGGCAUGGAUCAACAAACCCGAGGAAAUUGAACUCUUGAAAGGAAAGAAACUCUCUGUGUGGACUGAAUUUGAACACAAAGAAGUUAUUGGGAAUAAGGCGGGGUCACAGAUCUACAUAGAAGCACGAUUCCUUCCGGUCCAACAUAAAGUUGUUCAUGUCAAAAAGCCUGUCGAUUUCCAAAAGAAAUUGGAAAGGAAGUUAGUAAACAAGUUGGUUGAAGAGAAGAGUGAAGAAAAGAAAGUCGAGCAACAAGAAGUGAAAGAGGUGAAGGAAGUCAAAGAGGAGAAAGUUGAGGAGAAGCCUACUGAAGAGAAAUGA